GGGAGGAAGCGGUAAUUUGCUUUAAAUAUAUGCAAGAAUGAUCCCGGCGAGCGGACUAUAAACAGUUGCCGACUCUCCUCCGUUGUGGCCUCCCUCCCUCCGCCGCUUAUCUUGCGCCACCAUUGCUGGCGAGCUCCCGAAACCCCAGAGUUCCGAGAGAUUUAAGAGAUUCGCCAUUAAGGGCCUCGUCUCGAUCCCUCUGAUAACCGGCACGCUUCCAUUUUCAAUUCCCCGGGUCUCCUUCAAUCUCGAAGCGUUGCCGGAUCUCCUGUUCUCCGAUCGGCGGCGGAUCCUUUCGUGGUGAUUUCUGAAGAAAAGGAGAGAGCUUUCUCUUUGGUUUUGGUUUCUUUGGGAUUGAUUGAAUAAUGGAGGCGAGCGCGGCUUUAAGCUUGCAGUCGUGUCCUUGGAUCGGUUCUGAGAGGACUGGGAGGAAAACAGGCGGUUUCUUUAGGUUUCCCAGUGGAUUUUCCGAUGAGAAGAGGAUUAAGACGCUUAGAUUGGGAGACUCCCGGUGGAAUCGAGCUGCAGUUGGAUCUAGGCGCCUGGAGUUGAAGAUUUCUUGUUCUCGUAAGAAAUCCGGAGAUAACUUUAUUAACUCAGUUGAUGAAGCCCUCAUACUAAAGAGAAAGUCGGAAGAUGUUCUUCCCUACUUGAAUGGACGGUGUAUAUAUCUAGUUGGAAUGAUGGGAUCUGGGAAGACUACAGUGGGAAAGAUAUUAUCAGAAGUGUUAGGUUAUUCUUUUUUUGACAGUGACAAAUUGGUUGAGCAGGCUGUUGGCAUAUCUUCAGUUGCUCAGAUAUUUAAGGAGCACAGUGAGGCUUUUUUCAGAGAUAACGAGAGUAAAGUGCUAAAGGACUUGUCUUCAAUGCACCGUUUAGUUGUUGCAACGGGAGGUGGUGUUGUGGUUCGACCAAUCAACUGGAAAUAUAUGAAACAAGGGAUAACCAUUUGGUUAGAUGUUCCUUUGGAUGCUCUAGCAAGGCGGAUUGCUGCUGUAGGGACUGAUUCUCGCCCUCUUUUGCAUCAUGGAUCUGGUGAUCCCUACACAAAGGCUUUUGUGAAACUCACUACGCUCUCUGAACAAAGGGGCAAGGCUUACACCAAUGCCGAUGCAAGAGUUGCCCUUGAAUAUAUAGCAGCUCAACAGGGACAUGGUGAUGUUUGUGCACUUACGCCUUCCGCUAUCGCUAUUGAGGCACUACUGAAGAUUGAAUGCUUUCUUAUAGAGAAUGUGGCUGUAAGUAAUGGUCCACACCUUCAGUGAUGAAUAAGCCCCUUCAUCCAUGCAGCGUAGUGGACCAAUCUCAUGUCUGCUCUGAGGAUAUUCAAAGAAAUUUUUACUUUCUGAUUUUCUUGGAUGUAUUCAUCCCACAAUGGUGUGAACCACCAGCCUAAGACUGCGGUUCUUGUACUGUAUCUUGUACCUUUUCACUUAUUGUUAACUUCUGAGUAUUUGUUCAUUCAGAUGUAGUGCCUACCUGGCCCACCUUCUGUAAAUGAAUAAACUUAUGUAGGAAAGGCCUUCAAAUCCAAAAGCAUUUACCAAA